AUGCGGAUUUUUGCUUGGUCUGAUCUGCAUCUUGAAUGCAGAGGCAAUUUUGAGCUCGUCAGGCAGUUCUGCCGGUUACACCAGAAAUGUUCAGAACCAGUGUCCGGAACUAUCAAAUCCAGGGAAGUAUCCGCAAAUAUACGCGUUCAUAAAACUAUGGACCCAGAAUCACGUAUGGUCCACGGAGCUCGCAAAUUGGAUGGAGCUCAUUUAGCAGAAAGGGUAACCUGGCCGCUGCUAGCGGAUUCCCUUGCAGAGAACAUCGGAAAGAUGUGGAAAGCAGUCACAGGGACAGCGGCGGAAGUGAGAGAGAACUUCUCAAACGAUGUCCUUAUAUUGGCAGGAGACGUACACUACGAAAUGGACGGUCUCAAAGAGUCACUACAGCUCUUCAGCUCUGUCUUUGGUCAUGUGGCCUUUGUUCCGGGUAACCACGAACUGUGGGUCACACAGAAAGAUAGAGAAUCAGGCAUUACCGACAGUCUGCGUAAAUUCGACAGCAUUUUGCACUUGUGCGACUCUCUGGGAGUGCAUACAAGGCCUUUUACCCCCAUCAGUGGCGUGCGGCUGGUGCCUCUUUUCUCGUGGUACGACGAGUUUGACCCCUCGUUUCGCCGCGUGGCCCUGCCCUCCCCCAAACCAGGCAGCACACUAAGAACUGCCGCCAACGAUAUUGCUGAGGUACCCUUGCCCGCGGCUGCGUCUACUGAAUCGGGCAGAAUGUAUGACCACAAGCUCCUCUUAAGUCUAUCCGAAAAUUGGAUGGAUUACAGUGCUUGCAAGUGGCCGCAUCCCCUCAGCAACAACGAUCCUGGUUCUGAGGGAGGACGGAGUACUCCGUAUUCUAGCCAGCAAUGCAACGAGGCAGAGCACAUUUUGUCUAGCCAGUCGAGCGCCAGAAACAAUUCAAGCAGUUGCUGUUCGUGCAUGGGUGAAAGCACCUCCUGUAGCAGUCCCCCUUCCACCAACGUCUCAACCUCCACCGCUGCCUCCAGACAGGAAAGUUCAGCAGUUUCUUUCGGUUCUAGAGAGUCCCACGAGGCUUUUUCUGAGGCACCCCAUUACGGAUGGUCUGUUGAAAAAGCACGUACAGUUCGGCCCAUGCUCUUCUCCAGCAGCUCCCCAAGACGGACUACAGACACCUGGGGGAUGCCCCUCAGCCUUGCAGAGUUCUUUGCCAGUGAAAACGAGCGCCGCGGUUGUUUUGCACCAGAAGCGCUGACCGAGGCAGCCACGAACCACAAUGGUGGAGCAAAACAAGAGGAUCAGACUCACUGCAGUGAAAACGACCGGGUAUCUUCAUCGGCUGCAGCUGGAUUGACCUGUGCUACUGUCGUGGAAUGCGCUUAUAAACCUGCUCCAACGGAUUUCGACAAAGCUCCAGUGGUGAUCACCUUUUCUCACUUUCUGCCUCGGGCUGAACUGGCUACAGUGUAUCCUCUUAAGCCCCGCGCCCUGGCAUAUGUAAUGGGGUCCAGCCGUAUUGACGAGCAAUUGAGACAGGCCGGUGGCACCGUUCAUGUCUUUGGUCACUCUCACGUGGAUAUUGAUCAAGAGAUAGAGGGAGUGCGAUACAUUCAGCACGCUCUGGGGCGCCCCUCUGAACAAAAAUGGUUCCCUGGCAGGCGGAAACCUAAGGUCAUCUGCGAAGUUGCAAACUAG